AUUGUGUUUGUUCCGCAUGAACUUGUGCUGUCAUUGGUACACACGUCUACACCGCCUCAGAUCGUGUUCAUAUUCAACCCUUUUUCCCCUUCCUUAUCGAUAGAAAUUUCAAAUCCUAAUUUAGUCAGUCUUCAAUCAUAUAUUUCCCCGAGGAAAAAUAAAGUUGGAAGUUUUAUCGUUGUUAUUCUCCACAUAUCCUUUUGUACCUCUUUACAGAUAGGGAUAAUGUCGGAGAAAUUUUCGGCGACGCUUAGAAUUGGGGACUUGAAUGAUUAUAUAGCACCGUCCCAGGGUUGCGUUAUUAAAACGGAGAAUCCUGGGAAAGUUAAAACAACUCCUAAAGAAGUGCAAAAUGAGCCUGUGAAGAUCUCGCUUAAAGAUUGCUUAGCGUGCAGUGGGUGCAUAACAUCAGCAGAGACUCUCAUGCUUGAGAAGCAAAGCUUAGAAGAGUUUCUUUCUAACCUUAGUGAAGGAAAAGCUGUUAUUGUCUCCCUCUCUCCCCAGUCUAGAGCUUCUCUUGCUGUUCAUUAUGGUCUUUCAUCCCUCCAAGUCUUGACAAAGCUCACAACCUUCUUUAAGUCUUUAGGGGUGAAAGCCGUUUUUGAUACCAGCAGCAGUCGAGAUUUAACACUUAUUGAAUCUUGUAAUGAAUUCAUAACACGUUAUGAACAACGCAAUAUAACUAAUGAAGAGAAAUCCAAAUCGCCUCUUCCCAUGAUUUCGUCAGCAUGUCCAGGUUGGAUAUGCUAUGCAGAAAAAACUCUUGGAUCCUACAUACUUCCAUAUAUUUCUUCAGUCAAAAGCCCCCAACAAAUUAUUGGAGCUGCCAUUAAGAACCACAUAUGCCAAAAAUUAUGUCUAAGAGCAGAAGAGAUUUAUCAUGUGACUGUGAUGCCUUGUUAUGACAAAAAGCUUGAGGCUGCUCGGGAUGACUUUAUGUUCCAAGUAGAUUCUGAAAGUGAAACAAUUGCGGAGGUAGAUUCGGUGUUGACUACUGGAGAGGUUUUAGAUUUGAUACAGUCUAAAUCUGUUGAUUUUACAACUUUGGAUGGAUCUCCGGUGGAUAAAUUAUUGUCAAAUGUAGACGAAGAAGGCCACCUCUAUAGUGUUCGUGGGAGCUCUGGGGGGUAUGCAGACACUAUAUUCUGCCAUGCUGCAAAAAUACUUUUUGGGGAAGAAAUUGAAGGUCCUCUUCAGUUUAAGACUAUAAGGAACUCAGAUUUUCAGGAAGUUACUCUUGAAGUCGAGGGUAAAACUGUCUUGAAAUUUGCGCAAUGUUAUGGAUUCAGAAACCUGAGAAACAUUGUUACAAAAAUUAAAACUGGAAAGUGCGACUAUCAUUUCUUGGAGAUUAUGGCAUGUCCUUCAGGAUGUUUGAAUGGUGGAGGUCAAAUCAAGCGCAAGCCUGGGCAAUCUGGAAAAGAUUUGAUUCAUUUAUUGGAAAAUGCAUAUUCAGAAAAUGUACUGGUAGCUGAUCCUUAUGAAAAUCCCCUUAUCAAAAGCCUAUACGAUGAGUGGCUUGAGCUACCAGGUUCAGAGAAAGCAAAGAGACAUUUGCACACAGUAUACCACCCUGUUGUAAAAAGCAUUUCCUCACAGUUGGCAAACUGGUGAGAAAUGUAAUGUUUUUUGCACUUGGCUUCUUCCAAUAAUCAUCUGGUGACUCGUGAUCCUCGCGUCUGCAAUUCAAUCCUAGUUGCAUUUGGAUCAUCUCUUAAUCUAAAAAUUCUCGAGAAAUCCAAUUUUGGUAGAGAGAUUGGUUUAAUUGUUUAGGCAGUUAGUGUUUGUGUAUAAAUAUAUUAUUGUCCAAUCCUUGGGUUAUGAUCAGAUGUAUUUUGCAUACUUGGUGUUUUACUCUCUUUGGAUGUUUACCUCAUUUUUAAGGGUCGUCCAAACGUGUAGAAAUAUUCUGAUAAUAUUGUUAUUGAGUAUGUAUUUCUUCCCUCGUAAGGUUUAUGUAUGUGAACGAGUAAAUGGGAUGUGUAAAUGAAAACGCUAAUGUUGAUUAAAUUGUUCUCA